UUCUGUGUGAUUUUCAUUGCGAUCGGAGAAGCAGCGAUUAUUUGGAAGAACGCGUUGCAGUGUUUGAUUCGUCAUGACUUUUAGGAUAAUACUCCGCUUUGCAUCUUUUGUUUCCUGCAUAGCGGGCGUUGUUAGUUAUCAUCCUUUCUUCUUCCCACGCUAUCAACCUGACAAUUAUGCCUCCGUUCGCAAAUCCCAAACAAGCAAUACACCGUUUGAGUAUAAGAGGCGAGGGCCAUCGGGCUUCGAUAGACUGUCCAUGGGUUUCAUAAAGCGAGACAACGAUGAGACCACCGACUCCAAUCGGGAAUCGUUCGAUAAUGACCUGUACGACAGGCUGUUGGGAGAUCUACUUGACGGGACAGCACUUGAGAAUUCGCCUCAAUAUAGUAAACGUUAUUUUGACAGACUUUCGUCGGGAUUUAUUCGCAAGAAACGCUCAACAGCCCAUGACAAUGCGCCGUUCGAUGUUAAUAAAAUACCCACGCAACACCUUAACGUUCAGAAGAAUGAAUAUAAAACUAAACCCAUGAAACAUCCAAACAGUGAUGUAAAUGAUGAUUCUGAUAGGAAUACGACAAGUCAAGUACAUGGCGAGGAUAGCGACAACAAGCGAGGUUUUGACAGACUGAAUUCUGGGUUUGUAAAGCGUCCAUUCGACAGACUAAACUCCGGUUUUGUGAAACGUCCGUUCGACCGAUUAAGCUCUGGAUUUGUGAAGCGCCCGUUCGAUAGACUUACAUCAGGAUUUGUUAAACGUCCUUCUGAAAGCGAAAUUCAUGAGCCAGUUCAGAUGAAUGUAGAUGACAAAAAGCGUGGGUUUGACAAGUUAAACUAUGGCUUUGUGAAACGACCUUUCGACAGACUCAAUUCUGGAUUUGUCAAAAAGGACGACGAAGCCUUUGAUAAAGGCGAUGAUAUCGAUGAGAAAAGGUACUUCGACAGAUUGAAUAUGGGGUUCAUCAAACGCAAUGGCAUACUGACAGGAACUGAUGCAGCUUCCCGAGUUGAUGAUAAACGUGGCUUUGACAGGUUGACCAGCGGUUUCGUUAAGAAAGAGAACAUGGUUGAAGAUACGGGAGAUGUAAGCGGUCUAAACAUGGAAAACAAACGGUAUUUUGACCGUUUGACAAACGGGUUUGUUAAGAAAAACGACAUUUCUAAUAUCGAGAGCGAUGAAUACGAUACCGAUAUAAACAAGCGCCGAUUCGACAGGAUAUACAAUGGCUUCGUCAAACGUCCGCAAGACAACACCAGCAGUUCAGUCGACCACAAAGAAGACAAAAGAUACUUCGACAGAUUGAAUUCAGGCUUCAUUAAAUGAAACACAGCCUCACAAUUGGAGGAACAGGCAUACGCUUAUGAUAAUCACCGAAUAUAACAAAAUGUUCAUUGAAAAUAAAACAAAAUGUUAAGUAACAUGUUUAAAUAAUGCAACGUUCAAAUGUGGUCAUUACCCUUAGUAUGUAUUGUAUUAGUUAUAAUAAGAAGUUAUACAACGUUAUCACCAUAAAAAUAGAAUGUGUUUCAUUAGGCAUUCUAUUAAAAGUUUUCAAUAAGAAAGUGCCUUUAUGAUGAAUUAAAAAUUAUUUAACUAAA